AUGGACCAGGAAACCUACGGCUACCAACCAAACGGGCACCCUUGGAGUGAGAUUUACAACAGUUGGGAGCAGCCAACAGACACGGGAGGGCAGCAGGACGAGGAAAGGGACGUUCCAAACGACGAAACGUGCGGUGUAAAAGCGGAAAUGGAAGAGUCCAGCUGUGAGCUUUCUACUGGAGAACUGUGUUCUGGGCAUGCUGCGAAGGAGAUGGGCCAUUCUGGGAAGACGACGGACCGUACAGAACACCCUGUGAAGGAGAACAAUGUCAGUUUGGACAAGCACCAAAGAAAACACAUCGGUGAGAAAUUCUACAUGUGCGGGGAGUGUGGGUACAGGACAGCUGACAGGGCUACCUUAUCCCGCCACAUGAGAACCCAUAUAGGAGAAAAACGCUACAAGUGUGACCAGUGUGAUUAUUCUGCUGCAGACAAAUCCAAAUUGGGUCGACAUAAAAGAAAACACACCGAAAACCACCUUGAACCAACAUCUAAGAAAGCACACAGAUAA